CUUGUUGAACAAUAACUGUGAGGUGUUCAACAAGUAUAUAUUGGAUGCAAGAGAAAUGCCUAUAAUCAGCAUGUGCCAGAGGAUUAAAGGACAACUAAUGGGAAGAAAUCAUAGCAAGCUGCAAGAGGCCUUGAAGUGGCCUGGUACUAUAUGUCCAAAGAUAAGGAAAAAAUUGGACAAGAAUGUGGAAUUUGCUAGAACUUGCUAUGCUUCACCAGCUGGAUUGGGAAUCUUUAACGUCAAUGAUAGAGGUGUAGACUACGGGGUCGAUUACCAGUUGAGGAAGUGCAGCUGUAGGAGAUGGGAUUUGUCUGGCAUUCCAUGCAGCCAUGGAGUAGCUGCUCUUAGAUAUGACAAAAUCAAUCCAGAGGAUUAUGUUAACUCAUGUUAUUCUAUUGCAACAUAUCGCAAGGCAUAUGAAAACAUUAUUAUGCCAUGUCGAGAUAUUAGUGAGUGGAGCAAAAUGAAUGGCAGAACUAUCGCACCACCACCAUUGGUAAAGCAGAAAGGAAGGAGGAGGAAGAACAGGAGAAAACAGCCAGAAGAGAAACAAGGGAAAAAAGGAGUAAAAAUUACAAGGGCAGGGGCAAUAAUCCAUUGCAGCUAUUGUGGAGUUGCUGGCCAUAACAUUGGUGGUUGUAUGGACUUCAAAUUAGGGUUAAAACCAAAGAAAAAAUCUGAAAGGGUCAGAGUGAGGGCAGAGCCUGAUGUUUCCUCCUCCUCGGAUGAGGAAGAAGCAGUUGUCACUCAGGAACAGAAUCAGCGGACAGAAGGUUUAAUUCAAGAGCCAGUACAUUUGUAUCAGCCUGAGAUAAUUAAUAUUUUAACACAGGAGAGAGAAGCAAGCCAGAGGGAAGCAAGCCAGAGGGAAGCAGUCCAUCAAGGUCCAUUACCAAAUUCUGUUUUCAUAGAGGAGCACAUCAUGUCUCAGCCACCAGUUAUCCCUACUACUGCAACAAAGGAAGGCAAUGUUCACAGGAAAAGAGAGGUUCUAGCAUUGGCAAAGCUGAGAGCCGCAGCUGAGAAAAGAGAAGUUGCAGACCUAGCAAAGUUUGAAGCAGCAAUGGCAAAGUUGAAAGAAGAAGAGUACAAAAUUAAGCUUGCAGCUCAAAAGAGAAAGGAAGAGCUGGAAGCUAAGAAACAAGCAGCUGAGGAAAAGAAAAAAACUAUACUAGAGGAAAAGAGACUUGCUGCAGAAGAGAAGAGAAGAGCUACUGAGGAAAAAAAGAAAAAAGCUCAAGAGGAGAAACUUGAAAUGGCAGAGAAGAAAAGGCAAAUGAUGGAUGAGAGAAAAAGAAAUGCAGAGAUAGAAAAACAAAAGAAGGCCGAGGAGAAGAGAAGGAUUGCAGAGGAGAAGAAAAUGAUUGCAAAUACAAAAUACCAGCAGGAGGAGGCAGCUUUUCUGAUACAUCAAGCAGAGGAGUUUGAGAGGCAGGAGAGUUGGAGAAAAUUUAAGGAGGCUGAGGAGGCUGCAAGGCAAAAUGCUUGGGAGCAGCAGAACAAUCAACAAGACACAACAAGGAAUGAAGAAUGGGA